AUGGCUGUUGAGCACAAGCGCAAGGAUGUGAAGCCAGGGCUGGCAGCUCCCUCAAUGGGCGCAUCUGUGGUCAACCACGGUCAAUCUCCCGAUGGGUCUCGGCUGUCAAUGAACUCAGUCGCCCUUGACGUGUCUGGCCACGUAACGAGUCUUACGCUUCCUACGAGUGUUAUGGAGGCAAAGACUGCGGCUUUGUCGCUGCAGGAGGUACACUGGAGGCACUUCGAGGCGCAGGGCCCUAGAGGCUCUGGCGCAUACGUUCACAUAUCCUUCAACAUUGUCGCAUGCGGCUUCGGGGUGGUCGGCCUGGGCUCAGCCUUGGAAGUUGUGCGCCAACACCGGCAGCAUAAUCGAGCUCUUCCUUCAGGGCCUUGGUGCUUAGUUCCGUCGAGAAUGGUGUCACGCUCGUUGUUCUUUCGGAGAUCCUAG